AAACCAAACCAAAACAAAAAGUUAACAUUUAUUAUGUGUAUUCUCAGUAUAGCAUUAGAAUGCCAAAGAAGGAGACAGUGUGUUAUUAGAGGUUCAUCAAAAGCAAUGCUGCUGAAUUAUGCAUGAUGCUGGGGAUCCUAAGUGCAGGUUUGAUACAAAGCUUUAAAAAUAGAAACACUUUUUUUUCCCCUGACAGUAGGGCAUUCAUCUGAAAAUAAAAAGUCAUGGUGAGAAUGCAGAAGUAACCUCACACACAGCACCUUUUCUUCUUUGCAUUGUAUCUGAAGCUUUCCUCUUUAGCCACAUUUAAAUUUACAAGAAGCAAGCAAUGAAAAAAAAAAAUGCAGAGUCUAAGCACAAAAGAUUUGAUGGGGUGUGAGGAGAGGAGGGGGGUCAAGAGAACAGGAAACCCAAGUUGACGGGAAACCCAAGUGACAUUUGGUUUUAAUGAAUGACUUAAAACCCCAAUAUUGCUCGCCAGGAAAUGGGGAGAGGAAAUUGAGCGAUGUUUUGAGAGUAUAAAUUAGGGGCUCCAUCAAGGUGAAGGCUGCAGAUCUGCUCUUUACCCUCCUGUGAAAUUCAGCUGAGAGCUGGACCAAGAGGCAAGCAGCCCAUCUCCGCAGCAUGCAAACCUGCCCAGCCCUGCUCUUGCUGCUCCUGGCUGCCAGCGCCCUGCCUGUCAGGUGCUCGCCCACCGAGCCCAGCUGCCUCCACUUCUCGGAGCUCCUGCCUGCAAAGCUCAAAGAGCUGAGGAUGAAGUUUGAGGAAAUUAAGGAUUAUUUUCAAUCGAAAGAUGAUGAACUCAGCAUCCAGCUGCUCAGCUCUGAACUGCUAGAUGAAUUUAAGGGGACCUUUGGCUGCCAGUCAGUGUCGGAGAUGAUGCGGUUCUACAUGGAGGAGGUGCUGCCCAGCGCCAUGAGGACCAGCACGCACCACCAGCAGAGCAUGGGCGACCUGGGCAACCUGCUGCUCAGCCUGAAGGCGACAAUGAGGCGCUGUCACAGAUUCUUCACGUGCGAGAAGAGGAGCAAAACCAUAAAGCACAUUAAGGAGACAUUCAGUAAGAUGAACGAGAACGGAAUCUACAAAGCCAUGGGAGAGUUUGACAUCUUCAUCAACUACAUCGAAGAGUACCUGCUGAUGAAGAGAAGGAAGUGAGAACGCCUACGGGGCUGCACCUUUCACACAAAAUCCUGCUGAUUGUUUCAGAAACCACUUUAGGCUGCAAGAGCUCACGAGAGUUUUAAGUUAUCUUAGGGUUCAAGCCAAGAAUUACAGGUCAAUAACUUCCAGAUUAAUGUUGUAUUUAAAAGGGUCUGUUUAAACAACUGAAUUUAAUAUUUAUUACUUCUAAUACCUCAGUGUUUAUGUUUACAAUAUGUUUUGAAGAAAAGUGUGAUGAGUUUGUAAAUACUAUUUAUUGUUCAAUGUUUUAAUACUGGUUUUAGUAGUGCUAUUUUAUUCAUAGCUUCUAAACACCCAAAGCAGGGUUCUUCUGGGGGGCAGAUAAUGAGCAGAGCUUAUCCUGAGUCCAAUUUCACCGAGCACAGUCACCUGAGCAGGAGCAAUUCCAGCUCUGAGUUCAACAAACUUUAAUUUUAAGCAAAUGAGAGCUCUCCUCAUGCUCUAUCCCUCUAUUUAUUUAUGCAAUCAAAUGUCUUUAUGCAUAACCAUGUCACUGUCUGUCACAAGUUCUGCAGCUGGAACUAGGCUCUGAAAUAUUCAAAAUUAUUCCAUGGCUUUGCACUGAGCAAAACAAUCGUAAACGUAACCACAGGCAUUUUUUUCUGGUGUGCAUGAAAAGCAAUGUGGGGGAGGACCCGCACUCCUGCGAACCACGUGCAAUCAUGGUACAGCAGCAGAUCAGUUAACCCCGCCUCUAGUCUUCAGCCUAUAUACUAGUCCAGGUUAAAGAAAAGUAAAAAAAGAAAAUAGCAGUAAGAAUGAAAUGUUUGGUUCUAAUAGAACUUGGCUUAAAUGUUGCUAAUGACUGACUUCCAGAGCUGCUGGGUCGGCCACUCUGCACUUUCUAAAGUUAAUCUUACUAUUUUCCAGUCUUUGAUUGGGUGUUGUUGUUGUUGUUAGUUUUUCUUUCAGAAGAUAGAGGAUAUUUAAUUAACCACCAUUUUAAGGUGGCAUGGGUAAUUUGCAUUCAAAUACAUGAAGCUGCGUGCAGCACUGACAAUAUUGGAUGCUGAGCCAGAGGAAAUCGCCAAAACCCGGAGGCAUUUGCUUCUAAUAUUUAGAAGUAUUAGGGCACGAAUAUGAUGAAACACUGUCAGUUUGUUGUUUGCUUUGUAAGUUACCACUGAAAAGAGGCUAUUUAUACUUGAUUUAUUCUAUUUGUACAUUUAUGGUGACAGAGGGGCAUUCCUGCUGGCAGUCUGCCCACAUGGGAACUGGUUAUCCCAGAGCAAGGGCAGCCCCAAAGCAGGAACGCUGCUCCGUGCGUCGCUCCUGCUGAAAGCAAUCAGGUGGUGUGGGCUCAAGGGCAGUGUGGCAGCCAAACACUGUAACAUCUAAUUUAUGCUUCUUACCAGGACACAUUAAGCUCCUGUUGAGCCCACUCUGUACUUGUUUUUCCACCAAACGCCUGGAUUUCGGUGUUGUAGGAGAAGCAAGGACAGCCUCAGAACUGCAGCAAGAGCCCAGAGUGGUUCCACUCCUGGGGAGGUCACGCUGACGGGGGGCACCGUGCCUUGGCCACGGCUUCUGUCAAUCUGUGAACUUUUGCAUGGUUAUCUGUAUGAAAAGAAAUCUUCUAUUUUUGCUAAUAAAGACUUCCUAAUGAA